CAUCUACAACAUUUGAAGUGUUUAAUUUUGCAUUUGGCGAUAGAUUCAUAAAUAUUUAAUAGGUUUGAAUCUUUACUUUACUUCCACGCUAUUUUAAUUUUGUUUAUUUUUAAAUUCAAGUGAACCAAACAUUUAUCUGUUGAAAAUUCUAUAAGAGAAACUGUUAUUAUCAUGGUGAAUUUAUCUUCGUUUCUGUAGACCGUCUACGAUUUCCAUUAGAAGUAAUAACUUGUAAGUAGGUAACUAUGUCGCGCCAAGUCGACUUGAAUAUUACUAAACUUCUGGCUGGAUCAGGACUUGACGGUGAAGAAAAUGAUUUCUGUGAUUUUACUAUAGCAGAUCAAAAUUCCGUUACCGAAUCUCAAGGCAUAACUCCGACGACGCCUUCCAAUUUCAAACCGGUACUCGGUGCCAACGUAACUUAUGUUGUGGCUUGCGUACUCUUAAACGACCAAAAUGAGUUACUAAUGAUGCAAGAAGCAAAAGAAAGUUGUGCUGGUAAGUGGUACCUUCCAGCAGGACGUAUGGAGAAAGACGAAACUAUAGUACAAGCUGCAACCAGAGAGGUACUGGAGGAAACAGGUUUACAUUGUAACCCAGAUACAUUAUUAGUUGUAGAAACUGCAGGAGGCACUUGGUUUCGUUUUGUGUUAACAGGAACUGUUACGGGUGGUGAGCUUAAAACUCCAGCUAGAGCUGACAAAGAAUCUCUACAAGCUAAAUGGAUAAAGAACUUACAAGAAAUAACAUUGAGGUCAAAUGAUAUCUUGCACCUCAUUGAAAAGGCAAAACUGUACAAGCAAAGUAGACCAGGACAAAAUUGGCACAACAACAUCCUCCCUGCACCUAUCCCACACAUAAAAGAUCUGAUGAGAUUAGUUAUAUUAAUAAAAAAAAGAAGUACAAAUAGACUGCAUGUAUUGCUCAGUGAGAAAACCACUUUGCAUUUUCCGACAUGCGAGAUAAAUCCAGCUAAAAGUGUUCAUUCAACAUUGAGGAGAUUCAUGGUGGAAAUGUUUGGUGCAGAUGUAGCCCAACACAGGCCUUUGGGGUUGCUUAAUGUAGAGGCUGAUCCUUCCGCAGAUGGAUGCUGCCUAACUCUUCUCGUAGUAUUUAGACCACCUAUGGAAGAGGUACCAUUGAUUGGUAAAUGUGCAUGGCACGAAUUAUCACAAGAAGUAGAGAAGAAAUUGGUUCCUCUAGUUUCUUCAAAGAAUUCUACUAUAGAAUUACAUGUUGUGCGUUAAUCUAUAGUUAUAUACAGAGGCAGAUUAAAGGUCCAGAGUGCCCUAGACAAUCACUUUAUCGGUGCCCAUGUAACGGCCAUAAAUGACCAUCAUAAUACUAUAAAUUUUAACUAGUUUUUGAAGUUACGAUGAUGUUGUA